GGGCCUCUUGGUUGCAAUGCAAAGGGAACAGCAGGAAAAAUGGCCAAGCGAGUCACCAAAUUCUUCUUCUUGCCGUUCGCCGCAAUCAUAAUGAUCUUAUCAAUCGUUAUUGUGGGUCUUAUGUUUGCCGUGAAUGUUGGCAUGUCAGACUUCUGCUAUACGCCGGAUGUAACGGUCACCUCUGUGUUGCCAGAUGACAACACGGCAUUCGUCAGCUACUACACAAACUGUGAAGGUGAGAAUCGGUUCCUGGACGAGUUGAAUGACAAGGGCGAGUUGCUGAGUCUGCUGAACGAUUUCAAUCCCCUGCUGAAUCUGUCGAUUGGAUUGUGUCCCAUUGAAACCCAUGAUGAUAUCAACCUGGCAACUAAUUCGUGA